AUGGCUGUAUUUUCCCUCCCUGGACAAGAGUACCCGGUACUGACUCAGGCGGCUGCUCCGUACGCCACAAUGAUGCUUCCUCAACCGGGUGGUGGUACUGCUCUAUACCUACCUUCCACAUUACAAUCAACUAUGCCCGGUGCUGGGUCCCCAUAUGCACAAUUAUCUCAACAGCAAGUUACGGCAGCUCUACAACAGCAGCACUAUCACCAACCCGCAGGUAAUGCGGUUACCGGCCAGAUGACGCCUGUUACCGUGAGCACCAAUAAUGUUGGGGCGCAGUCUAGUCCAACGGCCGCUGUAAUGGCCGCGGCUGCUGCCAUGGCUGCGGCGGUACAGUGGCCACAGCAGACUACACAAACGACCGGACCACAAAAUUCCCAGCAGUUAAAUAACGUUACCACUCAAAGCGUACCUCAGCCAACUGGUGUUACCCAAGCAGUUGUGCAAAACACUUCAAUUACACCUCAGCAAGCUGCCGCCAUGGCUGCUGCUGUCGCUGCACAACACCAGGCGGCUUGGCGGUGGUCACCCACAAUCCAGCAAAGCCAGUCACAGACACUUUCCACAACAUCGUCACAUGUGCCAACUUCCAGUUGUGCAACGACGUCGUCUGCCAUUUUGGGAAGUACGACAUCUACGCCGGCGCUACACAAUCAGAGCUUACAGCCGACACAACAGGUGAGUGACAGCAGUCUAUCCUUUAUGCAGCCGGCCGUUGCAACUCUUCCGACGGCAAUUCGAUUAGCACAGCAGCCUCUGCUGGCGGCGUCCACAGCAGCAUUGUUUGCUGCCGCAUUUCAGCCUCCUAGCGCCACUUUGUUCGCUGCCGCAUCAAACGGGGUUCUGGAUAUGACUACUGCGGCUGCUUUAGCGGCCCUGGCUUCCAUGAAUCAAACGAACGCAGCUAGUUCUGAAAUUCUGAGUAAAACCGACAACGAACCAAACGAUGAUUUUGUUCUAUGCGCCUGUUCUGUCUCGCAUGUGUGCCAGGGUUCGCCGACCGCUGCCAUUGGUCCAGCUACCUAUUUGUACAGCCCCAUUGCAGGAGCUGGACAUGAGCUAAUGUUUUUCCAACAAACAAGCUCGCCAUUCGCAGCCAACUCGACUAGUGAUUACAGUACGGACCACAGUACACACUCCUCGGGUUUGCUAGAAUCUGUCGAGCCAUUGAGUUUUCCGUGCGAAGCAACACCACUUGGUCGUCACUCACAACAACUUGGUGGACAGAUAGCUGGUGCUCUUGGUAGCCACUUAGACGCCACCUGUCUGUCUCCAUACGCUGCGUUCGCUCCACUGCUGGAUUUCCAACAACAAGCACAUGGUUCCGGGCAACACAGCACUAUUCUGCAGUCCAACUCUAUUCAGCAGCUAAGGCAAACUCACCAUCAGCCCUCGCUUUUGACGACUCAUCAAGCUGCUUCCGCGCAGCACUUUGUACCAAUAGCUCACGGUUCAACCUCACUCGUGACCCAAGGUCAACAACAACCCAAGCUGUACUCACAAUCUGCCCUGUCUUCACUAACGCACGCGGCAGCACCUGGAGUGAAUACAUGCGCCUUGCCAUCAAAUAUGUACGGAACGACUUCUGUUAAAGUUGCGGCACUUACUGAUCUGGCCUCGGCAAACGAGUUGUCCGUUAGUGCAUCAAUGGCUCAAUCUUCAGUUAUCCAACCUUCUAUUAGUGCUUCGGGUGUCUCGGUCACUAAUGGCAACAGCAUGAGCGGCCCAGCUCCCUCUGCGUCUCAACUACAGCAGCCAAACACAGCCAAUUUGAAUUCAGCUACUACCCAAGGAAGCGCUGUCGUUUCUGCCUUAACGGUUGAUUCUGUCGGAGUUGUCCCCGGUAAUCAUCGGUAG